AUGAAAACAUUUUUACUCAAAUUUAUUCUCUCUGCAAUAAUGUUUUCGGUUACUUCUCUUGCAGGAAUUGCUGCUAUAAUGUUGAGGCGCAAACUAAACAGAUUGGCAGAAGUUCAGAACAGAAGAACAGAGUGGAUAUUAACUUUACUUUCUUGUUUUGCAGGAGGUGUAUUUAUGGGGACUUGUUUUCUAGAUAUAUUCCCACAUAUUAAUGAACAUUAUGCCCAUUUUCGAAAAGAAGCAAAUUGGACUACAGAAUUUCCUUUACCCGAAUUUAUUAUUUGUUUAGGAUUUUUCCUAGUUUAUUUAUUGGAAGAGCUUAUUCUUAAAGUUUUUGCACCACAAACAGAAAAACGUAAAAGAUGCCGAACAAUUUCUCGACAUUUAGGCAAUAUUGACGGGAAGGAUUCUUCUCUUUCUAUUUGCUCUAAACCUGAUUGUGUUAUGAAUUCAAUUAAAAAUAAUAAUGAAAUUGAUAUUCAACAAGUAACACAAACUUUAAAACAUUGCUCUUCUUGUCUUGAUAUGCUUACACACGAAGUAGUAAUAGACAAAUAUUUAAAUGAAGAAUCAAAAACAACAGAUUUACUUAAAUCACUAACAUUUGCUUUUGCAAUAUCUUUUCAUUCUGUACUUGAAGGGUUUGCUCUAGGAGUACAAGAUAAUUCUGCUGGAAUAUUAACUUUAUUUAUUUCUUUAAUUAUUCACAAAAGUAUUGAGGCUUUUAGUGUUGGAUUACAAAUAAAUAAAUCUGGAAAUAAUUCUUUAAUUAUUGUUGGGUCUUUAAUACUUGCUUAUGCUCUAAUGACUCCGAUCGGGUCAAUUAUUGGUGAUUUUAUUACUAAUCUUGAAAUAAAUGAAUUACCAAAGGAAGGAAUAAUUAUUGGUUUAGAAUCUUUGGCCGCAGGAACCUUUAUUUAUGUAACAUUUCUUGAAGUAUUAGCUCAGGAACGUGCAAAUGAUCAUUCAAAUUUGUUGCAAUUAGCUGCUAUAUUUAUUGGAUUUCUUGUUAUAAAUAUAAUACAGAUAUAUGAAUUAACAACGCAUUCACAUUCACACGGAAUUACACACUCAACUAAUGAAGAACAUGAACAUUAA